UCAGUAGAAUGGUCUAUAUAACCUUAAGCUUUGUUAGAGUUCAGAAGAAAAAAAAGAGAAAAACAAAAACAGCAAAAAAAAAAAAAAAAAAAACCGCCGCCUCUUCUCGUCGCCGGGAAGGGUUCUUCGGUUUUUGAUAAGAGAGAUUCGAAAGGAAGAGGAAAAAAAAAGCUUAUCAGGGCUUUUUCCAUCUCUUGAUAUCCGGCGGAGAAGUCCUUUUUUAGGGAAUGCAGAGAGAUGAGAGGAGCUUUGUUGAGGAGUACUGAGAUUUCUUUUGGGCGUUCGAAGAAGUGCAUCGGCGGCAGAAAUUGCCACCGGAAGCACGUUGAAGACGGGUGAUCUAUUCAUAUUACUCAACCCUUUCUGCUCUUGUUUUCUGGGUCGGUUUCGAUUUCUCUUUAUCGAAAUUCGGCUAACUCUGUAGAUAUAUCUCUGUCUCUGUAGUUUUAAUAUACCAGCUGUUUGUUAUUUUGUUUCUUAAGUGUCUGUAUUGAGUUUUUAGUAUUGUUUAAAAGAAAAAAAAUGGUGGAAAAUGGUGGUUGUAAAGAUGGGAACUCGACUUUGCUUAAUGGGAAAUACGACCUCGGUCGACUUCUGGGUCAUGGAACCUUUGCUAAGGUUUACCAUGCUCGGAACUUGAAGAACGGGAAGAGUGUGGCGAUGAAGGUGGUGGGGAAGGAGAAGGUUAUUAAAGUUGGAAUGAUGGAACAAGUUAAGAGAGAGAUCUCUGUUAUGAAAAUGGUGAAGCACCCAAAUAUUGUUGAGCUACAUGAAGUUAUGGCUAGUAAGUCGAAGAUUUACUUUGCUAUGGAGUUAGUCAGAGGUGGAGAACUCUUUGCUAAGAUUGCUAAAGGUCGGCUUAAAGAAGAUGUGGCCAGACUCUACUUUCAACAACUAAUCUCCGCCAUAGAUUUCUGCCAUAGCAGAGGUGUCUACCACCGUGACCUUAAGCCCGAAAAUCUUCUUCUCGACGAAGGUGGCAACCUUAAAGUCACCGACUUUGGUCUCAGUGCUUUCUCCGAGCACCUGAAACAGGACGGUUUGCUCCACACCACGUGCGGAACCCCUGCUUACGUGGCGCCCGAAGUCAUCGGAAAAAAGGGUUACGACGGCGCCAAAGCUGAUCUCUGGUCUUGUGGUGUCAUCCUCUAUGUCCUCCUCGCUGGAUUUCUUCCAUUCCAGGACGAUAAUCUUGUGGCCAUGUACAGAAAAAUCUACAGAGGAGAUUUCAAAUGUCCGCCGUGGUUCUCUUCGGAAGCUCGCCGUUUAGUCACCAAGCUUCUUGACCCGAACCCGAGUACCCGAAUCACCAUAGCGAAGAUCAUGGACUCUUCCUGGUUCAAAAAAUCUGUGCCCAGAUCUGUACGGACCAAGGAGGAAGAGGAGAUGGAGAAGGAGAAACAGUACGACGAGAGCUACUUUGAGAAGACGAAGUUGCAACCGGAGACCCUUAACGCUUUUCACAUCAUAUCUUUAUCGGAGGGUUUUGAUUUAUCUCCGUUGUUUGAGGAGAAGAAGAGGGAGGAGAAAGAGGAGCUGAGAUUCGCGACGACUAGGCCGGCGAGCAGUGUGAUAUCGAAGCUGGAGGAUUUAGCUAAGGCCGUGAAGUUUAAUGUGAAAAAGAGCGAUUCUAGAGUGAGGUUGCAGGGUCAGCAGAGUGGCCGGAAAGGGAAGCUGUCCAUAGCCGCCGAGAUCUUCGCCGUUACGCCAUCUUUUCUGGUGGUGGAGGUGAAGAAAGACAAUGGUGAUACACUUGAGUACAAUCAGUUCUGUAGUAAGGAGCUUCGGCCGGCUUUAAAGGACAUCGUUUGGACCUCGCCGGCGGCUGAAAAUUCUCCGGUCAUUUGAUUGUUUUCCGGCCAGAAAUCCCCAAGUUGAAAAAUUCAUAUUUGUUUCAUUAUUGUCUCUGAAUUUUAGGAAAUGAAAUUUGAUAAAUUGGUCCAAA